AUGGUUCUUUUUUUGGUAACAGUUUUAGCUGCAAUAUCUUGCAUCAAUGCUCAAACUCUUACAACACAACCUGAUGCAACAUCAACACCACCUGCUGCUAUUAAAGAUACUUGGUCUGACUAUAGACCCAUCAAACUCGAUCGUGAUGCUGGAUUGUUUACCUUUUUGCCAUAUAAUCUUGAACAGCGAAAAAUUCUAAUGUCGAAUGCCGAAAAUGCAUGGGUUAAUUUUGAAUCAAAAAUAGAGCAUCAUGGCCAAAAGGCAAAUCCGUAUCCUGCUCUUGAGCAUAUCCGAAACAAUAUCGGAACCCUUACUGAUAAACAGCUCCAGCUUGGGUUAUUGGAUGCAUUCACUCGAACUCGCGACGCACAUACUACCAUGACGUUAGCUGGUCCGUAUAGUUGUUUUUUCGUUACCAUAGGAGUUUAUUUCCAAUUUAUUGAUGGUCCAGGCAAUAUGAUCAAAAACCCAACAAUCGUCGUCAGCCAACCCGUCAAUCGUGAAAUAUUUGACCUACUACGUAAUACUGCUUAUAGCCAAAUUAGAGUUGGAGAUCGACUUGUCAGUAUUAACGGCCUCACUUUUUACCAGUGGAAAAGCAAACAUCGAAAUGUCAUUGGUGGGUCCACCGAGUCUCAUAGUCAGCGUCUAGCAUUAAAAUACUUGACCUUCAGAUAUGGAUCUGAUACCCCACUUCCUGAUGAAAACUCUAUCAAGCUUAAACUCAAAUCUCGUGGCGACAUCAUAUACGAAGUUGAUAUACCGUACAUGUCUGUAUAUCAAUAUACCUGUUGGGAGUACUCGAGCAAACUUUACACACAGCUGACAGGCGUGAAUCUUGAUAUACAUUUACAAAAUACAGUUGCUGUAAAAUCCAAUAGUCAUGUAUUGUCGAUCAAAACAGUCGAUGAUCGUACCACAAGUUCCCAAUCUACCAAGUCAUUGGUCGCUGCUCGCCGUAUUCGAAAACGGGAUCAAAGCAGUCAGGAUCAAGAUACAGGACGAUUGUCAAAACGUGAUUUACAGAUUACAUUUUAUGAAACGAGUAUACUCGAACUAUCUUGGGCAAUUUGGAACCCUGACAGCCAAAACAUGGGAAUAAUCAAAUUGACAUCGUUCGGGUGUACAUCCCGCACAACAAACUUGGUGUCAGUUUUUGAAGGAAUUCGUGUAGUGAAAAGACUAUUGAAGACAGUACUCAAAAACACCAAUUCUAUUUUGAUCGAUGUUCGUGAAGGUGGUGGUGGAAGUGUGGAUUUUGCAAAUGCCAUUCCACAGUUUUUCAAAAGCAAUAUUAAGCCAUUUGAAGUGAAAUAUCUCAUAAGCGACGUCACAUACAAUAUAUUUGUAAAUAUGCCCAUAGAUUUGAAAUCGUCUCGUAAUGCUUGGUUCAAAACACCACCCAAAAGCAAGUACUCGAUAUUGCAUGAUUUUACGGAUCCGAAAAUGAUCAGCACUUACGAUCAGGUUUAUGAUAAACCAAUGGGUGUAUUUACCAGUGGUAAUUGCGCUUCUGCAUGUGAAAUCAUGACAGGAACUGUGCAGUCGCAUGACAUUGGAACAGUGUUUGGUGAGGAUGUCACAACAGCUGGCGCUGGUGCAAAUAUUUGGAGUUUAGAUCCAGAACUUAUCACUCAUGAUCCGACAGACUUUAAACCAGUGCCAUUCAAAAAAGAGCUGACAUCUAGUACCAAAGAAACAUUUUACAACAAAAUGACUGUAGGUAAUCGAGCAUUUGUUCGUAAUGACAAGCAUAAAGAAAAGUGGAUUGAAGAUACUGGCAUCGUAUCUGACAUUGUAAUCCGACCAAAACUGAAAGAUAUUCUUCCUGACGUAACGGGUAACUCACAGUACGAUUAUAUUGGUAAUUAUUUGAUUGGGAUUGAUGAAAGACCAGCCAAAACAGCUUGCAAUCUUUGGGGAAUUCUGUAG